AUGUUAUCAUCGGUACCGACCAGGCUGAUUGCCCGAAGGUCGCGCAGCCUGUCACCGUGCAGCCGCGUGCUUCAGACCAGCGCCGGUGGUGCCUCGUGCCAGGCCAUCCGGGAGACACCGGCAGAGACCAACCGGAACCCCAUCGUCUCCACCUCCCGGGUCUCCAGGAGGGGCAUUUUAGCCGAGGAAGCUGCCAGUGCCAAUGUGAACCCAGCGGUGCAGUACCACCACCUCGCCCCUAGGUGGCUCUCCAACCUGGAGAAUCGUCGCAGCUCCUGGGCUGCUCUGGCCAGCAGGGGGCGCAAUAACAACAAGUACUGGGAGGAGAGCAGGCAGAGGCAUGAGGAGGACGGCCGGGGUCACGGCGGGGGGCCAAACCCGUAUGGAGUGGCUUCUGCUGGGGUGCUGUCAGCUGCAGCCGUGGCCUUCUGCCUGAAGAAAGACUCUGACCACAAAGGUGAUGCGCUUCUGGAAGCAGCAAGGACCAAUAAUGCUGAAGAUGCUGCCAGGCUGUUGCGUGAGGGGGUUGACCCCAACCAACGCCACCGUCUGGGCUGGACUUCUCUCAUGGUUGCUGCCAUGAACCGACAACAUAGUGUGGUGAAGGUUCUGCUUGAAGCCGGUGCCGACCCAAACGCCGGAGACCACUUCAACAACGUUUAUGACACUUCACGGGAGAAAGGCAUCCACUCACUUGAGGUCCUGGUGUCCAGAGAGGAUGAAUUCAGCAGCAGGCUCAGCAGCAGGGCUGGUUUCCGUGGUUGCACGGCGCUUCACUACGCCACACUGGCCGAUGACCCUCGCACCGUCCGCAUGCUGCUGGAGGCUGGUGCCAACCCCCUGCAGAGCAAUGGCUUGGGACACACACCACGGGCGUAUGCAAAGGAGGGAGAGCUGAACACACUCCUGCAGGAGUGGGAGGGCAAGUUCCAGGAGGCGCAGGCCCGCAGGGAGGCGGAGGAGAGAAGAAGGUUCCCCCUGGAGAGGAGGCUGAAGGAGCACAUCAUCGGACAGGAAGGGGCCAUCAAUACCGUAGCCUCAGCCAUCAGGAGGAAGGAGAAUGGUUGGUACGAUGAAGAGCACCCCCUCGUCUUCCUCUUCCUCGGCUCAUCAGGAAUCGGAAAGACAGAACUGGCCAAACAGGUGGCUCGCUACAUGCACAAGGAUAUCAAAAAGGGUUUCAUCCGGAUGGACAUGUCGGAGUUCCAGGAGAAACACGAGGUGGCGAAGUUCAUUGGUUCCCCGCCGGGAUAUGUGGGACACGAGGAAGGGGGUCAGCUGACCAAACAGCUGAGGGCAUGUCCUAACGCUGUCGUCCUGUUUGACGAAGUGGAUAAAGCCCACCCCGAUGUCCUCACCAUCAUGCUGCAGCUGUUUGAUGAGGGCCGGUUGACAGACGGUAAAGGGAAGACCAUCGAGUGUAAGGACGCCAUCUUCAUCAUGACGUCCAAUGUUGCAAGUGAUGAAAUUGCCCAGCAUGCACUGCAGCUCCGCCAGGAAGCUGAGGAACUGAGCCGCAGAAAGCUGGCCGACAGCCUCAAUGAUGUACAGAAGAGUGAUGACAUCAAAAUCUCACGGCAGUUUAAGGACUCUGUGAUUCGACCGAUCCUAAAGGCCCACUUCCGGAGGGACGAAUUCCUGGGUCGGAUCAAUGAGAUCGUUUACUUCCUGCCCUUCUGUCACUCAGAGCUGCUGCAGCUGGUCAGCAAAGAGCUCACCUUCUGGGCCAAGAAGGCUAAGCAGCGCCAUAACAUCACUCUCCAGUGGGAUCGCCCAGUUCUUGACCUGCUGGCUGGAGGAUACAACAUGCAUUAUGGAGCACGCUCCAUCAAACAUGAGGUUGAGCGGCGAGUUGUCAACCAGUUAGCCGCAGCGUACGAGCAGGAGCUCCUGCCCAAAGGCUGCACCCUGCGUCUCUCCGUCCAAUCAGAGGGCGAGGAGGAGCGCAGCACACCCAGCCUGCGCCUAGAGGUGGUGGGAGAGGACAGCUCACCGAGAACACUGGACAUCCGCCCACCACUCAGCCCUGAGCACUGACACAGUCACACAGGCACACGCACACACACACACACACACACACACACACACACCGGGAACCGGACACUGACACAGAGACACACGCAUACACACACACACAUAUUCACAAGGUAUGCAUACAAACUCAUGUGCACACAUCAGUCACCAUCAUCAUCCUCAUCCUCCUCAUCCUCUGUGACAUCAAGGAGUGUAAAGGCUGUCUGAUGAGAUCUCUAAUAAAUUACCUCUCUUAUGAACAAA